CAGUCCACACACUGAAGCUUCACUCUCAGACCACAUGGCUUCCAGAUCAGAGGAGAAUCUCUGCUGUCCGGUCUGUAAGGACGUCUUCAGAGAUCCUGUUCUUCUGUCAUGUAGCCACAGCUUCUGUAGAGACUGUCUGAAGAGCUGGUGGACACAGAAACCAACACACCAGUGUCCCGUUUGUAAGAGAAGAUCUUCAAGAAAGGAACCACCUUUAAAUCUGGUGUUGAAGAAUCUGUGUGAGUCCUUCUUACAGGAGAGAGAUCAGAAAGCUUCAGAAGGUCUCUGCCAUCUGCACUCUGAGAAACUCAAACUCUUCUGUCUGGACCAUCAGCAGCCAGUUUGUCACAUCUGCAGAGAUUCAGAAAAACACACCAACCACAGAAUCAGACCCGUCGAUGAAGCUGCACAACAGCACAGGAAGGAACUUCAGGAAACUCUGGAACCAUUAAAGAAGAAACUGGAGCUCCAGAAGAACGUUCAGAAGACGUUUGAUCAAACAGCAGAACACAUUAACGUCCAGGCCCGACACACAGAGAGGCAGAUUAAGGAGCAGUUUAAGAAGCUUCAUCAGUUUCUAGCAGAGGAAGAGGAGGCCAGGCUGGCUGCUCUGAGGGAGGAAGAGAAUCAGAAGAGUGGGAUGAUGAAGGAGAAGAUGGAGGCUCUGAGCAGAGAGAUAGCAGCUCUUUCAGACACAGUCAGAACCACAGAGGAGGAGCUGAGAGCUGCAGACGUCUCAUUCCUGAACAACUACAAGGCUGCAGUGGAAAGAGUCCAGCGCUGCCCCCUGCUGGAUGAUCCACAGCUGCACUCAGGAGCUCUGAUAGACCAGGCCAAACACCUGGGCAACCUGGCCUUCAACAUCUGGAACAACAUGAAGGACCUGGUCUGCUACACUCCUCUCAUUCUGGACCCAAACACUGCUCAUCCAAGACUCUUCCUGUCUGAAGAUCUGACCAGUGUGAGACGAGGAGAGGAACAGAAGCUUCCAGAUAAUCCAGAGAGGAUUGCUGCUCAUUAUGUUCUGAGUUCUGAGGGUUUUAACUCAGGAACUCACAGCUGGGAUGUCGAUGUUGGAAGUAGUAGAUUCUGGUCAGUGGGUGUGUUAGCAAAGUCUGUGAACAGGAAAGGAAACAUCUCGUCCGAUUUAUGGGGAAUAAGGUUCUAUAAACGAAUUGCAUUUGAAAAUUGUAAGGAAUAUAAAGGUAAAUACUCAGCAUUGUCUCCAGGUUCUAAGAUUUAUCUUCCAGUUCAGAAGAAGCUGCAGAGGAUCAGAGUGAAUCUCGACUGGAACAGAGGAAAACUGUCUUUCUCUGAUCUUGAUACUAACACACACAUACACACCUUCACACACACUUUCACUGACAGGAUGUUUCCCCUCAUUACUGCUGAUGAAGUGAAGAUUUUACCUGUGAAGGUCUCAGUGAUGAAACAGCAGCUCUGAUGUGUUCAUUGUGAAGAACACAAACUUCACAUUAAACCUUAUUGAUCUGGUUGAAAUUCACUGAUUUCAGGGUCAAACAGGAAGUUUGACCCUGAAAUCAGAACAGGAGGAAAUCACUGAUCUCAAAGGUUGAAAGAAGUCAGUGGAUCAGCGUAAAUAUGGGACAGACUUCUGUUAUGGGGAGGGCUAGAGGUUUGUUUAGUUAUUAAUAAACUCUGUUCACUUCAGUUUUAUCAGGUUCAUAUUGGGUUAAGAUGUUUUUUGUUUGUUUUGGAUAAAGUCUUUAUUGAAUGGAUGUGUAGUGUAUCUAAUUUAAUUUUUUUUUAUGUGAAACUCUAACAAGAAGAUGCAGAAAAACACAACCACACUGUUCACACACAUCCAUCCAUCAUCCACACACACAUUAUCAUAGAUAUUUUAAAUAUG